UACUCUUUGAUAAUACUAGUGUGUUCUUACUUCUUAAUUCUUAUCAUUAUUUGUCACAUUUUGACAAUCGCAUUGGCGGCAAUGUUCGUAACUAAUAUUGUUCUGCGUUGAAGUUUCUAUUUCACAUUUUAAAUAUUUUUAAUUUGAAAGAGAAGCAAUAUGGAGCCUCAGUUUCAAUUUCCGUUUGAACCAUAUGAUAUUCAAAAGAAAUUCAUGAAAGAGUUGUACGAUACAAUAGAUAAGCAAGAACUUGGUAUUUUUGAGAGUCCCACUGGAACUGGAAAGUCGUUGAGUAUUUGUUGCGGUGCAUUACAAUGGCUCAAAGACAAUAACAAAAAAGUCGUAGAAGAUUUAGAAAAGGAAAUAACUGUAUUAAAAGAAAAAAAUUCUGAUAUUCCAGCUGCUGAUGACUGGCUACAAGAAGAGUAUCAUAAAGUUAAAAAUAACCAAAUUAUUGCUAGUUUGCAAUUAAAAUUGGAUAAAUUGAAUAAAAGGGAAGAAUAUUUCAAUGACCUGAAGAAGAGAGUAGCAUCAUGUAAGUCGAACAUUAAUAAAAUAGAUCACUAUUUUAAAAAGCAAACUCCAGAGAUAACUGAAGAUAAGGAAAACAAAUUAGAAGGAGAUUUAGACAAUGAUUUAAUGAUUGAAGAUGUGGAUGUUCAAGAUGAUGAUUCUGAGCAUGAAGAUGUAGAAGAUAAUGAAAGUGAUCCUAUUACAAAGAUAUACAUAAGUAGCAGAACACACAGUCAGCUAUCUCAAUUUGUUGGAGAAAUUAAGCGUACAGUGUUCAAUAACAACAUUAGAGUAGUAACCAUGGGAUCAAGACAACAUUAUUGUAUCAACUCUGAUGUUAAUAAACUGAAGAAUGUCAACUUGAUUAAUGAAAGGUGUUUAGAUUUGCAAAAAUCUAAAACUAAAUCAACCCUAACCGAUGAAGAUGGCAAUGUGUUAAAGAAAACCAAAACAAAAACAUGUACGGGCUGCCCUUUUUAUAAUCAGAGUAAUAUUACAAAACUCAAGGAGAGAUUGUUGGUUGAUAUUAUGGACAUGGAAGAUUUAGUAAAGUGUGGCAAAUUGUUAAAGGCAUGUCCAUAUUAUGCCUCUCGAAUGGCUUUAGAUGAGUCUGAGGUUGUGCUUAUAAGCCAUGCUGGCAUAUUGAGUAGUGGUGCUAGAUCUGGAAUGUCGCUUAAAUUAAAAGAUAACAUUGUAAUAUUGGAUGAAGCACAUGGUCUUACUGCUGCCUUAGAAAAUGCAUAUUCCGCCCCAGUUUCUGGCAAACAAUUAAAAUGCCUUAAAACUUUCCUACAAUUUUACAUAAAUAAGUAUAGAUCCAGAUUAAGUAGUAAGAAUCUAUUGUUGCUCAAUCAAAUGAAUUUUGUUGUUGGGAGAUUAUUUAAUAUAUUAAAUACAAAGGAUGGUGAAACAAAUGAGGCAAAAAUUUAUACACUUGAAGAUUUUGUCAUAAAAGCUGAAAUAGAUCACAUGAAUUUACGGCCUUUAGUAGAAUUCUGUAGGCAAACGCGCUUGGCGCCCAAAUUGCACGGUUUCUCUAUGAGGUACAGUCAGCAAGAGUUAGAGGAGAGUGAGAAAGUAAAGCAGGUGGAUAAGAAAAGAUCUUUUAAAGACUUUCUCAGCAACAUAUCUAAAAAAACGGAGAAGGAAAAAGUUGUUGAAGAGAAACAAGUUGAGAAACCAACUAUGCAGAUAUCUGAAAACAAGACAUCAGCCGGCAGCGCUUUAUACGCCGUGUUGGACCUGAUCGAGAUGUUGUGUGCACGCAGCGCCGCGGGGCGGGUGCUAGUGCAGCGCGACACGUGUGACGCCGCCCUGCGUUACUUGCUGCUGGAUACAGCCGAUCGCUUUGUAGAUAUUGUGCAACAGUGCCGAUCGGUCAUAGUAGCGGGCGGGACUAUGGAGCCGAUCGGCGAGUUCCGAGCUCUCCUCGACAAAGGUCCGGGCACACGCGUGCGCGUGCUGCAGUGCGCGCACGCGGCGCCGCCCGACCGCGUGCUCGCCCUGUGCGUGGCGAGAGGUCCCGCCAACUGCGCGCUUAACUUCUCGUAUGAACAACGUAUGGGAAAGGAGUUGCUCGAUGAAGUGGGUCGCAUUCUGCGUAACGUCUGUUCCAUAGUACCCGGUGGGGUCGUGUGUUUCCUACCCUCGUAUUCGUAUGAACAAGUGGUCUAUGAUCAUAUGAAAGUUACCAACGUGAUAGACGCUAUAUCGAAAAAGAAAACCGUGUUCCGUGAACCGAAGUCAGCUGCUGAUGUUGAUCAGGUGCUGCAAAAAUACGCAGCGGCGAUUAACAACAGAGAUACGGAAAAAACAGGAGCGUUAUUACUUAGCGUGGUUGGCGGUAAGCUCAGCGAGGGACUUAACUUUAGCGAUGAUUUAGGGCGUUGUGUGUUAGUAUUUGGCCUGCCUUACCCCAACGUGAAGUCUCCAGAAUUGAAGGAAAAAAUGAACUAUUUAAAUCAAGCAGCUCCGGGCGCUGGGGCCCAAUAUUAUGAAAACCUAUGCAUGAAAGCUGUUAACCAAUGCAUAGGGAGAGCCGUGCGUCACAUUAACGACUACGCAACAGUUUUGCUGGUGGACGAAAGAUAUUCAAGGCCAAGUACUAUCGCCGCUCUACCCUCUUUUGUCCAGAAAUCGUUGAUACCGAAUUGUAGUUUCGGUCAGACGGCCAGCAGUAUCGCAAGGUUCUUUUCGAAACACAAAAUUAAAACGCAAUAAGGAAAUUCCUUGUUUUUUUAUUAAGUAACUUUUAU